AUGCCAAUGGCAGAAUUUGCUGAAAACCUCAAGGAAGAGCUGACCUGCCCUAUAUGCCAGGACUACUUCAGCCACCCAGUGACCUUAGGCUGUGGCCACAGCUUUUGCCGUCCAUGCCUCCUCAGGAGCUGGACAGAAAUUGGCCAACCCUGCCCCUGUCCUCUGUGCAGAAGAGCCUUCCAGAUAAGAGACUUAAAGCAUAACUAUCGCCUAGGGAAGUUGGCCAGCAUAGCCAAAAACCUCAGUCCCUACUUACUGAAGCAGAUGAAGGAAAGUGUCACUUGUGAGACACAUCAGGAGGGGCAAAAGCUAUUCUGUGAGGAGGACCAAACCCUGCUCUGUGUAUCUUGUUUCCAAACCCAGGUACAUAGCGGGCAUACAAUGCUCCCUACAGAAAAGGCUGCAGAUAAUUCUAGGGACAAGCUCCAGAAAACUUUGGAUCUUCUUCGGAAAGAAGUGGAGACGACUCAGACCAUUUUGGCUGAAGAGAGAGAGAAAAUGAAUAUGUGGAAUGAACAGGCACAGGCAUGGAAGGAGAGCAUUAGAGUGCAAUAUAAGCGAUUAUAUGAAUUCUUGAAGAAUGAAGAAAAGUGGCACUUUCAUAGUUUGUGCAGAGAGGAAAGUGAGAACAUGAAGAGUCUAAGAGAAAGUGAGGCCAGACUCUCUCAACACCUUCAGAACCUACAGGAAGUCGUUAUAGACCUUGAGCAAAAUGGCCAGAAACCCGAUCUCCAGCUUCUGCAGGUGGUAGGAGGUGCAUUGAAAAGGAGUGAGUCCCUUUUGAGUUAUCAUCCAAGAGCUGCCAGUACUCAUGUGUCCAUGUCUCAAAUCACUGGAAUAUGGGAAAUGAUGAAACAUUUCAGAGUGGAUGUGACACUGGAUCCUGAAAGUGCCUGUCCCUAUCUCAUUGUGUCUGAAGAUAUGAAGACUGUCACCCAUGGAGGGUGUCAGCAGAAUAUACCAAUUGCUCUCCACCAAUUUGAAGAUGGUAUUAUUUUGGGGGCUCAGGUCUUUACCUUUGGAAUGCACUACUGGGAAGUAGAUGUGGGAGACAGUAGGGAAUGGUCAGUUGGUGUAUGUAAGGCAUCAUUGAGUAGGAAUGCAGAUGUUCCAUUCUGUCCUAGGGAUGUAUUUCUCCUUACAUGUUAUCUGAAAGGACAAACUUAUUCUGUGAUGACCACACCUUUGCACAUAGAAUACCAAUCGAAUUCACCUCUACAAAGGGUAGGGAUAUUUCUAGACUAUGAUCAAGGGCACAUUUCGUUUUAUGACGCCCUGAAGACUUGUUUAAUAUUUCGUUUCCCUCUCUUCUGCUUCUCUGAGCCCCUGAGACCUAUGUUUUGUCCUUGUCCCCCCAUGGGAGAGGAGAAUGGGAUUCCGAUGACCAUUAAUCCAUGA